UUUCAGUGAUCCAAAACAGUAAUUAUGUCUAGAAAGGAGAAUCAAACCAUUGCAGACUUUAUAGAAAUUUAUAAAGAUGAACCUUGUCUGUGGAAGAUUAAAUCUGAAGAUUAUCACGAUCGAACUAAGAAAGAUGCAGCAUAUGCCAAAUUAUGUGUUAAAUUGCAAGAAAUUGAGCCUGGUGCUACAAAGAAAUCAGUGGUUGCAAAAAUCAAUAGUCUCAGAUCCGCCUUCAGAAAAGAGAGAAAAAAAGUACAAGAUUCAAAGAAGUCAGGAUCAUCUACCGACAGUAUUUAUAGAACAAAUCUUUGGUAUUAUGGUCUCAUGGAUUUUCUUCAUGAUCAAGAAGUUCCAAGAAAAUCAACAUCGAACUUGGACAUUGAAACUAAUCAGGAUUCUCAUGAGCAUUCUCAUUUGGCGGAAGAGGAAGGUUUGAAUGAAGGGAGAGACAAUAAUGAAUCAAAAAAUGGUACUGUGGAGCAAGUGACAGACAUGUCAGAAGUACAAGGAAAGUAUGCUACCGGUUCACGCCCUGGUGCCAGUAAGAGGAAGAUGCAAAAUUAUGAUCUGACGGCAGAAGUUCUAACAACGAUGCGAGACCAUUUCAAGAAACCAAACAAAGAAGUACCUGAUCGUUAUGAAUUGUUUGGAAAAACAGUAGCCUGUAGGUUGCGAGGGAUGAACAAACAUUUGGCAUUAAUUACUGAAAAGAAAAUAAAUGACAUACUAUUUGAUGCAGAAAUUGGUCAAGUUCAUUCACCAUCAGGCAGUUAUCCAUCAUCUACUCCAAGUCCAUAUAAUAACGCGUGUACUGCACCAUCUCCAUCUCCAACAUUUGAGCGAAGCGCUUUGACGAAUCUUCAACAUGGAGCACCUGGUUAUUCUAUCGCGCAUUCGGAGGAUUCGGUGGCAACCUUCUUCUCUCAAUAUAAUCCUAAUAUGUGAUGUGUCGACUCAUGACAUAAUUUCAAAUAGCAUAUAAAAUACUUAUAAAUGCAAUAAAGUUAUGAAAGGAAGCCAUAUUACUUUUGCAAUAUCUGUAUUCACUUAAAGGAAUGUGAUGUUCUUAUUUCCAUGGACCAAUGUAGUACCUAAAUAUUUUACUUGUGUGAUUACAUUGAUGUAAUUGAGUUACAUAGAAGAUUAAUAGAAUUUUUUUUCCAUUUCAUUCCAUUAAUUUUGUUUUUGCACACUUAUAAGAAUGGGAUGUUCUUAUUUUCAUGGACCAAUCUAAUGCCUAAAUAUUUUUACUUGUGUGAUUACAUUGAUGUAAUUAAAUUACAUAGAAACAUUAAUAUAACUGUUUUUAAAUUUUGUUCCAUUAAUUUCGUUAUUGUACAACGAAAAGUACUUGAACAUGAAUUGGCAAAUCACAGGAAAUUUAAGUAUUUGUGCAAUGUCACUAUUUGUUUUUCUAAAAUGGUAAAUAAAUUUAUAAAAUACAUACCUGCAUAUACAUCCGCAAAACCUGGAACAAUGCGUCGCACGUUUCAGGGAUGAUUUUUCCAAGAGCUUGAGGAGAUAUUCUAGUGGAGAACUUAAGG